ACAUGAGGGCCACACGAGUUCUGCUGAUUUUCCAACUGCUGGCUUGCCUAAUGGCCGUAAUAUCGGCCUGCAACCAGGGCUCCUGCCAUCCGUUCAUUGGCCUGAACAAGUGCAAUGGUAAUGGCUAUAAGGAGCCCAAACUUCCUCCUCGGGAUAACGCCUGCUGCGGUCCCCAUUGCGUCUACCAAGGUCCAGGUGGUGAAAAUCCCGGUCGAUGCGACUGCAAACCCGUGAAUCGUUGCAUCCUGGACACGCAUUGUGGCAAAGGCGUGGCCUUCUACUUCGUAUGCAAGUCAGAUUGUGAAAUGAGAAAGGAAAAUGAAGCUCGCCUGGCAGCUGGAUAUGCCCGUCUUCUUUCAUUUCCGUGGGGCAAGCAGAAAUGCGAGGGCAUGAACUACAAAUGCGGCAUCAAUUGUUGCUGUCGUGAAGAUUGUCCUAAACGGUUUUGUAAAUUUUAA